UGAUUCGAAGUCAUUUUACUUCCUUUAUCAAAUUGUAGCGAUUCCAAUAUGUCACAUUUAUGUUUUAAAAAUUCAAGUAGUUCGCUUAAGGCAGGAAUUUCAGAAAUAAUUUCAUCCUCCCACUCACGUGUAGUAAGAUAGUCUAAUUUAUUAACUACUAAAUGAAUAAUUAAAACAUCCCAAUGAUCAGUAGGUAAUCCUAAGUUAUGUAACACUUUUAAAUUUAACGUUAAUUUAUCUAUUAAUUGACGAAUUGCAGUAAAGUUGUCUUUUGUUACAGUUGGUAAUGAAAAUAAAGCAUUUACGUGCGUCUUAAUAAUGAGUUUUUUAUUAUGAUAACGUUUCAUAAGUAAAUCCCAUGCAAUAGGGUAGUUGUCAGAAGUGAUAGGUAAGGAUUCUAAGACUUGCGCCGCUUCCUUCUUUAAACAUGAUUUUAAAUAAUGCAGUUUCUGGAUAUUAGACAGAUUUUUAUCAUUGUGGAUUAAGCUAUUGAAAGUUUCAUAGAAUGACAACCAUUGUUCAUAAUUACCUUCAAAUGAUGGCAAAUCUAUCGCAGGUAAUUUAAAAGCACUUUUUGGUUUGAAUUCAAUAGGAUUUUCUUGUAGUUGAGAUACGAUACUGACCGGUUUUAAUUUAAUUGUUCUCUCGCUAAUGACAUGAGCUUAUAAUACUCAUUUUCGAACCUUUCGCUUUCUUGCAAAUUCCUAAGUGACUCGUCUUCAUUGUCUUUUAUAGCAUACCAAACAUCAAUUUCUUGUUGUAUACUAGAAAAUUCACUCAACAAGCCCUGCAAUUUAUCAUAUCUAACCUUUAAUUCUGUUAAUUUGGCAUUAUCGUAUGAAUUCAAAAAAGUAGAAAAUCGUGUUAGUUGACUUUUUAUACCACCACGUUUAGCAAUUAAAACCUUUAUGUCUGACAUUUUUGAGAAUAUGUAACGUGAACGAGAAAAAGAAUUGUGUACUACAAUAUAGGAUUAGGUAAUUAUUAAUGGAUGGAGAUUUACGUGAAUUGAUGGCAAAUAUAUGUCCAGCGACGAUUUUUCUUAAUCAAUGCAAUGAUUUUGGUUCCAUGUUCCGUGGCCAGUACUUGAAUAAAACGUAAUGUUCUAUAGCGUUUCGAUGAUGCGAUUCUUCUUAAAACGAGAGACAGGAUGACAAUUUCGAUGAUACGGCAAUUCUUCUUAAUUGAAGACGUUCAGCAAUUGAAACCAACGAGAGACGCGACAACGAUUUUUUACUCGAAGGACCAUGUUUUGGAGUUGGAUUACUAAUUAAAACACUCCCGUGUAUUUUCUCUUAUCGAUCUAAUUUAUUUUUGAUAUUGACAGAACGAACGUUAAACAUAACAAUUGAAUAUCUCAUUAAUUUUCCCUAUUACUUUGAUCUGAUCAAUGACAAAUAACAUAAAUUUGUUGGGACACAACACAUAUCUUUCAUCUUUUGGAGGUAAAGGUAUUACCCAAAAGACUAAUCUAAUCCUGAAGCGUUGCAUUAGUAAUCCAUUAGCCACAGAAUAUAAUUUUUGUGGCAAGAGAGCAGGAAAACACCCUUUUUUUGAAUUGAACUUGAAAAAUGCUAUUGUUGCUACAGUGAGACGAUCUACAGAUUGUACCGAGAGGGAAAUUGAAGAUAUAAUUAAGUGCUGGUUAAAACACGCUCCGCAGCGCCAAAAGUUACAAAAUUUAAAAAAUAAUGCCUAAGCAUUCUGUUUCGAAGAGGCAAAUGUAUCGCAGAGUGGCAACAGCUGUCCAACACACAUUAUUAGAUCUUUCAAUAGUUUUCCAAGCUGUUCUUUUGAAAUUAAUUAUGGUUCCAAUAAUAACUCUGACGAAAAUUCUGAUUCUGAUUCAAUCUCUGAUUCCGAAAAUGUAAAUUCUGAUUCUGAAGGUAAGAGCCAUGUAUUUAAUGACAAUGUUAAUAUAUAAAAAUACUAGGAAAAAUCAGAAACUCCCAAACAUAAUGCACUUGCCAAUAGUUUAAGAGAAUGGGGAUUAAAAUUUAAAGUUUCACAUUCGGCAUUCACAGAUCUAUUGCAUAUAUUACAUGAUUCCCAUCCCUACUUACCACUUGAUUGUAGAACUUUGUUAAAUACACCAUCAAGUUGCGCUACAAAACAACUGGAUAGUGGAGAAAUGGUUUAUCUGGGUAUAUCUCCUAAUUUACAAAGAAUUCUGUCUCCUCUUAUUUCUACAUCACCAAACUUGAUUAAUAUUAAAUUAGCGUUCAAUGUUGACGGCCUGCCACUAUUUAAAAGUUCCAAUGUAAAUAUUUGGCCAAUAUUAUGUCAGAUUAAAUCUAUUACCGUAGAACCCUUUGUUGUUGCCAUAUUUAGUGGCUCUGGGAAGCCUGUGCCAUUAAGUACAUAUCUGGAAGACUUUGUUGAAGAGUUGAAGGUUUUAAUACAUAAUGGUAUAGAGAUAAAUGGAAUUACAAUAUCAAUUUCAAUUUAUGCUUUUGUAUGUGAUGCUCCAGCACGAUCUUAUUUAAAAGGAAUUAAAUCUCACAGUGGUUAUUCAUCAUGCGAGAGAUGUAUUGAAACUGGAGAUUAUUUGAAUGGGAGAGUAAUAUUUAAAAAAGUUCAUAGUACAAAGAGAACAGACCAUACAUUUACUUUACAGUCAGAUGAAUCUCACCACUUAUAUGACUCUCCACUGGUACAAGUGCCUGGUUUAGGACUGGUGUCGCAUUUUGCUAUAGAUUACAUGCAUAAUGUUUGCCUGGGAAUUAUGAGGAAACUCUUAAACAUUUGGAUAUCGGGUGCACUACAUGUCAGAUUAGGAAAUCAAAUUGUAAAAAAAAUUUCAGAUGAUAUUUUGUUGUUGAGUGAUUAUAUCCCAUUAGAAUUCAAUAGGAAAGGACGAUCAUUGCAAGAUUUGCAGAGAUGGAAAGCAACAGAGUUCAGAACAUUUCUGUUAUAUGUAUCACCUAUUGUUUUAAGAGAUAAACUUGAUGUUGCCAUGUACGAACAUUUUAUGCUUUUCCAUGUUGGAAUUACCAUUUUAGUAUCUUCAAGUCAUAUAAACAAUAUUGGUGCCAAUCGCGCUGGCAUAUAUUUAAAUGAAUUUGCCAAUCAUAGUCCUAAUAUAUAUGGUUGGGAGUUUCUGAUUUAUAAUGUCCAUAUGCUUUGUCAUUUACAUGAAGAUUGUAGUAAAUAUGGCCCACUAGAUGAAUUUUCGGCUUUCCCUUAUGAAAAUUUUUUAGGAAAACUUAAAUACUUCGUAAAAUCGCCUAAAAAACCAUUGCAACAAUUAUGUCGUAGGAUACAAGAAUUGCAGUUUCUUUCAAAUUCUUUUAAGAACAAUGAUCAGGUAGUGCCUACAUUAGAACAUAUUGGAAUCCUUCCUAUAAUAUAUAGAGGUAGAAUAGAUAUAAAGCAUUUUAAAAAAGUUGUAUAUAAUAAGUGUACUUUUAUUAUUUACCCAGUUUCUUCUUAUAACUCAUACUGCAUUACUAAAAAAAAAGGUAUUUGAAAUACAUAAUAUCAUUAAAGAUGGUAACAUAUACCUUGUAGGCAAAUCAUUUUCACAUUAUGAAUCAUUUUUUGACUAUCCUUUAUCAUCUGAAGAUCUGUGCAUUUAUGCUGUAUCU